AUGGCAAUGGGUUCUAUUGUACUCCCAGUUCCUCCCAUAAAGGUGCUCAGCAAGACGACAGCAUCAGCUGUAAGCACGGCCGCAGUUAUCCACGUGUUGGAAUCAACUGUGAUUGGUUGGAUCAAACAGGUUAAGGUUGUGCUGAAGCAUGAUCCUCUUGCCGAGUUGCAGAAACACGGCCCUGGAGCUGGUGUUUAUCAGGAAGAGACUGCGUGGGAGAAACACAUUCAGAACCUGCACUCCCUAAAUGCCCAGCUGGAUUCAGAGAAAGCUCGGGAAAUCCUUACCAACCUGGAGCAGGCUAACAGCACGUACGCUCCCUCAUUUCAAAACGUGUGCAAGGACAUUGACAAGUCUUACCAGGAACUGAAAAGUGCCCUGAAGAUCUGUGCUACUUUUCGAGGAACCUACCUUGAUGUGAAAGCCAAGGCUGAUGAGAUAAACGGCAAGAAGGUUGAAGAAAACAUCCACCACAUGUCUAGGAAGCCUUCCGAUUUCCUGUGGAGUGCCAAGCUUUAUGGACCACUGUCUGCAAAGUUCACGUCCCGGGGAUGGGAAUUUCCUGGUCAAGGGAAGGGUGACGGAAUUGAUGAGUGGGUUGACUGUCCAUGGCCUCCGCAUGGUGCAAAGUGCUUCCAGAGAAUGAACUUGUUUAUGGAGAGGUGCAAUGAUGUCUUGGAGCUUGUGGAGACUAUCAGACAUUUCCAGCUGCUGGAGUCUGCUGCAGAGAUUGGUGGAGCUGGAACUGCGAGUUUGGACGCCAUGGUGCGCGAGAUACAGGACACCCUCAGGAGAACCAUACACACCUUCACCAGCCAGAAUUCAAACAUCCUGUCUACUGAUAAGAACCAGUCUUUUGAGAAAGCUUUCUUCAACUUCAGAACAACAAUAAAGGAGCUGGAGUUUCAGAUUGCCGAAGUGCUAAGGAGCAGCUUUCAGCAGUGUCCCACAAACAAGUCUCAGCUUAGAUUACUGCAUGUGUUUGAAGGCAUGUGCAGCAGAGAACUUGUUCAGGAACAUUUAAAGGACAAAUAUGAGCAACUCCUCUCCAUGUUUAUUGAGGAGCUGACCCAGGUGAAGUCCUUAUACCAGACGAUGAGUAACAACCCACCACUGUGUGUUCAAUCACCGCCCACUGUCAACAAGCUGCUUUGGGUGAAGGGGCUACAAGCUAGAGUCUCAGAGCCAAUGGUGAAAUUAAAGGAAGUCUCCCCACAUUCUCUGAAAGGAGAUCUAGGGUGGAACCUCAGGCACUUGUACACCGAAGUUAUGGAGGAACUUAAAAGGUGUGAGAAAGAAACGAUUGACUCUUGGCUGAAGAAUUCUCAAGUGGACCUCAGCAAUGCCAUAAAGAGGACUUUAUUGGUUGCUUCCAAUGUGCAUGGUGAAUUGGAGGAUCAACUCCAGGCUGUAGAGUUGAAUCUGGAUCCAGACCUUCUCCUGUUACUGCGAGAAGCUUCGUACCUUCGGAAGGCACCAUUCAACUUCAGUUUACGUGAACCUAUAGAGACCCUUCUAAAGAACGUGGAUGUGAAUGGACUCAAGACACAAGCUGUCCAGCUGGAGGCAGUGGUGUGCAAAUACAACGAGGUCAUGAGAACCAUCAAUGAUUAUGAGAGGAGACUGCUGGAGAGGAAAUUAUAUGCAGCAGAAGAGCUGCUGCAGAGCGGAUUAACCGUGUACACAUGGAGCAUGGAAGAGAGUGCAGACUUUAUUGAGCUGGCCACCUCCCUGGUAUGCUCUGACCUCUACAUGACCUUCAGCACACUGAGGAGCAACUGCAGGGAAAUCUUAGACCUGUCCAGUGCCUGGUCCAAUGGAAACCUUGAUAUAUUCACCAGCAGGGACACCAAGAGGACUUAUUCCAUGGAGGAGUUAAUUCAAGAGCAAGAGACCCUGGAGCACAGCCUGGAACGACAGAUUCUUCUCGACGGGCAGAGAAUUCAUAACCUGAUUAAAGAGUCCUUUGUCGCUGUGGGCGUCAGCGAGGCAUCCCCCGCCUGGCAGGAGUACGUGGAGCACAUCGACAUCCUGGUCCUACAGGGACUGAAGGAGGUCACCUUCAGCAGCCUGGCUUCCAUGCUCAACACACUCCUGGAGGGGCAGGAGGCUCCGAUCCUCCGUAUCCGUGUGGAGCUGGUGGGCAGUGCUGUGGGGUUCUGGCCUCCGCUGGACGAGAGCGCUGUGCAGAGCAGCGUGCUGGAGCACACCCGCGACUGGCUUAAGAGCUUUCUCCUCAGAGGCUCCCUGGUGACCAUGCUGUGCUUCAGUGCCCAGGGAGGCUACCAUGACUAUGUAGCAGCUGACAAAGAAGUCAUUCAGUUGGUUGGUCACAUUUUGGAACAAGUGCAGGACAGCGCUGACAAAUGCCAGGACACAUUGGGAGCAUUAAAUCAGUAUGCCUUUCUUUGGAAGAAAGAUGUCAACGCCACCUUUCAAGACUUUAUACAUGGAGUUGGCAGAGUAAAGCCUGAUCAUCAGAGUCAAUUUUCCGGGACAGACUUCCUUAUGGAUUUAAUGGAUACCUUGAGUGACCGAGCACUGCUGAUUGAAGCUGAACGAGCCUUUAUUCAGCCUGAGGAUGCAAAGGAGACCAUUUCCGUUCCAUUGUUGGAGGAUUUUGAUACAGAGAUCUCUAUCUACAGGAACGACAGGAACAGCAUCUUGACUUUCCAAGACUCCAUGGUUCUAGGCUGGAUUCAGGUGGACUUCCAGCCCAUCAAGCAGGUUCUGGCUGCCUACGCAUUCAAGUGGAUGUGGACCUUUGCAAAAUACCUGACAGACAAGAUGACUGAUACGUUGAAGAAGCUGGAUGCGUUUUUAAAAAGGACUGAACCUCAGAUAGAGAGUAUCACUGGGGAUGAAAGAGACACGGGAUUCUUUAUGACAAUGAUGCAGCUGUUCAGUGAGGUAUCCACAAAACAAACAGAAAUGGAGGGGCAGUUCAUUGUUAUGCAGAAAGCUCUCAAACUGUUGGGAAAAUAUGAAAUGAAGCUGCCAGCCGAGAGCGAGAGGCUGUUGAAAGCAACUCCGGGGCGCUGGAACAUCCUGAAAACCAAGGUGUCCCUGGCCAAGUAGAGGCUCAGUCCCAAGAUCCAGCAGGAAUCAAGGAUCACCAAGGAUCUUUCCCAGUUUGGUGAAAUACUUCACCAGCUGAGAGAAGAUAUUGAUGAAUCAGACAUCUACAUGAGAGCCUGCUCAGUAGAACAAGCUUACUGCGUGAUCAAGAAGUUCAGCAAACAAGUGAAAAGUCUACAGAGGGAAGCUAAGGACCUUAAGGAACUGCAGGAGCUCCUAGAGGCUACUGUGGUGGACUUCUCUGUUUUAAACGAAUGCCAUCGCACAGUGAGGAACCUCACGCUGCUGUGGCAGAAGGUGGAGGUGAUUCAGAAACAGCAAACCCAAUGGAAGACACAGCCCUGGCAAGACCUGGACACAGUCCAGCUUAUUAACAACACGAACCAGCAGCUCCAGAUAGUUCAAUCACUUCCACGCGAGGUGCGUGGCUGGGACAUCUAUGCUGGCACCUUGGAAUCUGUGAAUGUCAUACAGUUAACUUUACCACUAAUUGAGGACCUUCUCAAUCCGGCGAUGAGAACAAGACAUUGGAAACAACUUGUGUGACUCACAGGGGGACAGCUUUACAGCACUCCGGAGAAUAUAAGAAGAAUGACACUUGCAGAUCUGAUCACUUUGGGAUUGCAGAGACAUGCAGAUCAUGUGAAGACCAUAGUUGACCGGGCAGUUAAAGAUGUGAAAAUUGAAAGUGGUCUGAAGACUUGUGAAGAAGUGUGGCUGAGCAGAAUAUUUGACAUGCACCCUCAUUGCAGAGUAACGCCUGCUACAGGUCGGGGAGAAGUUGGCCCCAUCAUGCUGCUAAACAAUCCAGAAGUUAUCUUUGAGGAGCUUGAACAUCAUCAGAUGACCCUGGAGACCAUGAAGAACAACAGCGAGGCUGGCUCGUUCCUCGAUGAAGUGACAAAAUGGCAGAAGAAGUUACAGGUUGUCCGCCUGUGGUCACAAGUCCAGGAGAAGUGGGUCCAACUGGAAGAGCCUCUGGAGUGUAAGGGUCCCAUUGAGAACUGGCUUGAGCUGCUGGUGAGCAGGAUCAGAACAGCUUUGCAGCACCACCUCCACGCCACUCUGGGACAUGAGCUGCUGCCACAGAGACAGAUCCACAGACUUGGCAGCUCCUCACUUCGGACUCUGGAGAGGAAGGAAAGUGGUUCUCUUGUAGUCCAGCAUCAGGAUGUGUCGAGCAGUAAAUCGGAGACCCCUGGAUACUGGUCACACUCGCGUGAUGUAGUUAAAAGAAUACUGGAACAAAUAAAAUCUGGGGCCAUCAGUGACCGUUCAAACAUACCCAAUGCACUCCUCCACUAUCAGUACGACGAGAACAGUAUGGAUAUCUCUGUAAAGAGCGUUGGAAAGAAGACCACAGUGAAGGAGCUGAGUCUCGCUCUGGGGAGAGGUCUGUACUUCAUCCACUGCACCAAAGCCAUGGAUCUCAAAACACUCACAGAUAUCUGCAAAGGAGUCGCAUUGGCUGGUGCCUUGGUCUGCUUGAAUGGGAUGGAUCGGAUGAGACCCUUGAUUCUCUCUGAGGCGGCUCAUUGGCUGGGGCAGAUCCAGGAUGCAAUGCAGGCUGGGAAGGCGAUCCUGUGA